AUGUAUUCGAACCUAUACUGUCAACAACUGACCAGAUUGAAGCAGGCGCUUGAUGAGAAGCGUCCAAAAUUGGCCAAUGUGAAGGGUGUUGUGCUCCAUCAAGACAUCGCCAGGCCGUAUACAUCUUUAAAAACGCGAUGGAAACUCCGAGAGCUUGAAUGGGAGGUUAAAUCGCACUCGCCGUAUAGCCCAUACCAUUUUCUUAAUGGUAAAAAUCUGGCUACAAGAGAGGCUGUGAAAAUGAGCUGGUCAAGUUUUAUACCAAUAGAGACGAGGAUUUCUUCAAUCGCAAAAUUACGAAACGGCGAAUAUUUGAUAUAA